AUGAACGCCCUGAGGUCCCGGAGGGCCCAGGAGCGAGCAGCCAUCAUAAUGCAAUAUGAGCAGGGACGCCGAGGAGCGGCACUGGUGCAGCCUGAAGAAGAGGACGAUGAGGGCGGCUGCCUCGUCCCAGACAGGCUUGGGUUCCUGCAUGAGCAGAAGUUGCCCCAGGACAGCAUCCCGGGGGCAAAGCGUACACAGGUGCGCAGGACCCAGAAAUGGGUGAAGAUGAUCAAAAACUAUAGUAAAUACCACGGCAGCAAGAAGUUUCAGCGCAGAAUCUAUAAGGGCAUCCCUGCCCAGGUGCGUGGAAAGGUGUGGGCUGUGCUGCUGGAGGUGGACAGGAAGAAGGCCCAGAAUCCGGGAACAUAUGAGGAGAUGAAGGAGCAGGCUAGGCUGGGCGCCACUCACUUCCAUCACAUCGAUUCUGCCAUCACAUGGACUUUCAGAAACCACCUCAUGUUCCGAGAACGCUACGGAAUGAACCAACAAGCCUUAUUCAACAUCCUGAUGGCCUAUUCCGUUUACAAUCCUGAGGUGGGCUACAGCCAGGGCCUGAGCCAUGUGGUGGCGCUGCUCCUCAUGUACAUGCCCGAGGAGGACUCUUUCUGGGCCCUGGUCCAGCUCAUGCAAAACAGGAAGCACGCGAUGCACGGUUUCUACAAACCGAACUCCCCAAAACUGGAGCGAUUCCAGCACCACCUGGGAGACACCGUGCAUCGCGUGCUCCCCUCCCUGGAGAAACACCUGGAGAAGGAGGGUGUGUGCCUGGAGGACUCCACCGCCCACUGGUACCUCCAGUGCUUCCUGGAGGGGGUGCCGUUCCCCCUGGCUCUGCGGAUGUGGGACGUUUACAUCUUUGAGGGCGAGCACGUGCUCACCUGCAUGGCUUACACGGCCCUCAAGAUCCAUCGCAAGCGCCUGCUGAAGAUGCCCCGGGACCACCUCCGGGAGUUCCUGCAGGUGACCCUGAAGCAGGCCUGGUCACUGAGCGAGGACGCAGUCAUCAGGCAGCUGCGGGCCUCCAUGCGUGAGCUGGGGAAGCACCAGUGCCUCCUGCCUCCCGAAGCCAAGGCCAUCGAACGGUGCGGCAGGCCCCUGGGGCGGGCACACGUGUCCCAGAAGCACCUUCCUGCCCCCACUGCUCCGAAGCCCAAUAUGGCCAUUCAGGACACAGCGGCAGUGUGGGAGCAGACCAGGGGUCCCCCUGCCUGUGCGGUGCCGAUUCAUCCUCCAGAAAGCUUUGGCCUCCGCAUCGCCGUGAGGGAAGGCAGCCCAGAGCCCCUCGGCCUGGGCUCCCCUGUGGGGACCGCAGAGUCUCCAUCUGUGGGCAGCCCCACGGAGAGCUCGUGGGGGAGGGGAGGCCUGUGCCAGUGCGCCAGUCUCCCUAACCUGAGCGGGCCAGGGCCCAGGGAGGACGACUCCUCCGAUGAUGGCAGCCGGGAGGGCCUGUGGAUGUGGGCUCCUCCACAGGCCUUGGAGCCCCCGGAACCAGGGCCCAUGCAGGCCGUCCCAGCCUGGGGGCCACGGCUGAAGACUGCCCCCUACCGGCAUGGCAGCCCCACACAGUCUGGGGACAGUCAUGGGCUGGAGCCAGCCAGAGCCAGCCCUGGGCUGGGAGACCAGGCCUGCGUACCCUCCCUGGCCCGACGCCGACGCCUCCUUGCCUCCUACUCCAUGGGGCACCUGGAUGAUGGCAGCCCACCUGAGCUCAGGGAUGGGGGCUCUGGCUCCAUGUUGUGCCAGAACCUGGAGAAAAAGGAGCAGAGUGGUGGAGAGAUGGCCACGGUCUGGGCUGACAAGGAUGGUGAGCAGAAGUUGCCCCAGGACAGCACCCCGGGGGCCAAGGGCUUGCACGAGCAGGAAGUCGGAGUCCGGAGCUAG